AUGUCCUAUUAUUUCAAGAACAUCAAGCCUGGCCUUGAACCUACUUUGGAAGAGGAGGACGAACUCGAGAACGUACUGAGAAAUAGCAGGAACAAUCAUGAAGAUGACGAGUCUAGCGAUGAUGAAUUGAAAACUUUGUCAUUUGGCUCACUAAAGAAGGCUAACGCUAUGUUAUCUGAAGAAGAAGAAGAAGAGGAGGAGGAGGUGAUUGCGAAGAAAAGCGUCAAGGAGAGAACUUUCGAGGAAGAAUCAGUGGAUGAUGAUGAUAUAGAUAGUAACUCUGAAGAUGCUUCUGGCUCAAGCUCAGAUUCUGAGGAUGGAGGCUUUUUUGAAAAUGAGUAUAAGGAUAGAAAAAGCUCCAAGAAGACGAAGAAGAAGAACAAACAUGCUCCAACUGAGAAUUCAUCAAAGAAACGAGUAUCGAAGAUAAGAAAAAUUCCAGGAUUAGAAGUGCCAAAGAGCAGAAAUUCUAACCUAUAUAGAGAUAUCAGGUUUGAUAAAUCGACGGGACUACCUACGGACACUACAGAGAUAAGACGGCGAUAUCAAUUCUUGGAUGAAUAUCGAGAGAAGGAGAUCAAGGAAAUGGAGGGUCUGUUGAAGGACCGCAAAUUUGUAUCAAAAAUAUCAGAUUACGAAAGGGAACAAAUGCAGGAACAGUUGAAAAGCAUGAAGUCUAGAUUACAAACCGUAAAGAAUAAAGAUUUGGAGCAUCAAAUCAUCAAGAAGUAUGAACAGGACAUCAACAAGGAUAAUAAAACCAAGUUCCAUUUGAAAGAAACUGAGAAGCGUAAGGUUAUUCAAAAAUGGAAGUUCGACCAUAUGAAGGCCAACCAACGUGAAAAGGUUAUGGAGAGAAAGAGGAAGAAGAGGUUGGGUAAAGAAUUUAAGCAAUUUGAGUUCCAUAAAAAUAAGUGA